CCGAAAAUUGAGAACCAUUGGCAAACAAAUAUUUAAUCCGCGGAACAGAUAAAGAUUUUUUGGGCAAAUUCAACACCGUUACUUAUAAAAAGUGUGUUAGUUGGAUUAUUUACGCUUGAGAUAAUUAUUUAAUCAUCUUAAACUCCAAUACGGUAAAACACUGAUUCACAAAAUGAGACAUCGUACUUAGUACGUACUAAACUAGGAUUCGUAAAUUAAAUCAUAAAAGUGGAAAUUCAAGAGCUGACUAUCGCGUCAUUGUUGUUGUAGAAUUUAAAGAAGUGGGAGCACGCAGUCCAUCAACGCAAAACGUAACUGACUUCUUUGUCAGUAUUUCAACUCGCGUUGAUAACAAGUAGUUAAAAGGUAACCGGUAAUUUGUUCGCAUACCAUUUGUUUACUAUUAGUUUACUAUUAGAAAUGUUGACUCUAGACGAUGAUUUUGAAUUAAAACUACCUCCAAAACUCAGAGAUGAAUUAAAUAGUGUAGAAUUUAAUUUCACGAAAAUAUUUAUCGAACAGUCUGAAGAAGGAGCUAAACUUAAUGUUCCUGAUCAGGAAUAUGAACAGUUUUUAGCCGAUGUUUGGGUAGGAAUUGUUUUAACACUGAUGGUACUUAGUUGUGUUUGUUUUAUGUGCUCCUGCUUGAUUUAUCACAAAUUUCAACAGUGGAAAACCAGGGUUCUAGAGGCAAGAAAUGGUGCCAAUUUAGAAUCCGGUAUACCCGAAACGGAAUUACCAAGUUAUACUAUAGCAUCAGGGCUGCCAACCUACGAGGAAGCGUUGCAGCAACUUCGAGUAAAAGACCCGCCACAUCCGGCAAAGCCAGUCGAAACCGUUGAAUGGAUACCACACACGCCACCCACUCCUGCUGCCGUGUCUUUGAACGUUGUGAAAUUCUUUCAAGGAUGCGGUGCCAACGAUAUUAAUUCGGAUUCCGCGAAAGAUACUUGAUUUGCUUGAAUCGCUUAAAUUAUGAAUCAAGAUGAUGAUCAUUUGCGAGCUCGGCACGUAGACACCGAGAAGUGUCAAUUCGAUGUGGUGGAAUGUUUUGUCUUCUAAAACAGUCAGAUAGCUUUGUACAG